CACUUCAAAUGUACGGAAAUGAAUAAAAUCUAAGUAAAGUAUCAUUUCAGUUAUCAAAAACGACUCUAAUAGUAAACAAUAUGCCUUAGUGUUUAAAAACUAGGGUCUGUCCCUUUAACACCAUCAGCUAUCAUGGAGGUCAAACAUUAAUAAUUCUGAUAUGUACAAUGUACAUGUAAUCUGAGAAAAUAUUUCUACAUUUUUCCAUUUGCAGCAAGGGAUUCUUUUUAAUUCACUUUCCCGCACAGAGGACAGCACAUACCACGAGUUGUGACUAAUGAGUUGUUAUGACCAAUUAAUAAAUAAUCGUGGAUGUUGUAUUAACACACGGCUGAAAUGGGUCACAUGUUGUCGCUGGUUCCUCGGGCUGGAGCUCUGUUCAGCGAUGCGGCCGUCACAACCCCCAGCAAGACGAAGGCGGAGAUGUGUCAAUGCGUGUUGGCCGCCGCAUCCCGCGAUAACGUGUCGUACCUGAGGCUGUACCACCUCAACAGCAGGGACGGCAUCGCCCACCUGAGGUGUCCGACGACCGGCUCUACUCCACUGCAUGUCGCCGCCUUCAACAACAGCAUCAAGUGCGUGGACUUCCUGUUGUCCGUCCACUGCGACCCAAACAUGGAGGACGGGUCGCGUGAAGUCGCGCUUCACCUGGCAGCGAAGACCGGCGCUCUCGACUGUCUGGAUUCUCUGAUCCACACCAAACACAUCCGCCUAGACAUGGAGGACAACUGGGGGAGGACCCCGUUACUCAAGGCGAUCAUCUACAACAAGAGAAAAGCCGCGUACAAGCUACUGGCCGCUGGGUGCGAAGUCAACAUCCGGGACGCGACCGGGUUGUCUCCCCUUCACGUGGCAGCAAGUUACGGGCAUAAGAAUCUUCUGAAUCGACUGAUAAGGAUGGGCGCGGACGUCAAUGCUGUGGACCGAAACGGCCGCACGCCAAUCUGUUCGGCAGUGAAUGGAAGCCGGUUUGCAACUGUCUUGACACUUCUUAAACACGGGGCAGACACCACAUACGACAGCCACGGUGUCUGGCAGCAGACGAUCGUCUAUGACGCCUUUCUCAAACUCGUCCACGCAAAAUCCGGUGAUGACAAGCUUAACAUGAGGGUUGCCUCUCUCGUUCUGUCAGCACACGGUAGAUAUCUGCCAGUGCAGGAGUGGGGAGACUUGCACGUAAACGAGAAAGACAUUGAUGUUUCUCAGUAUGCUGCAGUUCUUAAAAAAAUGGAAGCUUGCCUCAAAGCAAAUGCACACUGUGACACUGGUGAGUUUCCUUUCAAGACAUUCUUUUCGGAGAAGCCCGCAGUGCUGUCGCUGGAGGAACUGUGUAGAGACUCCCUCCGCCAGAACAUGAUGGAAACUGGGAGGAAUGUUGUGUGGGUGUGUCAGACUCUCGACAUCAAUCCUGUCCUCAAGGAUCUUAUUCUCCUCAACAAUAUCCUUGGUUACUGAUGGCAUUUGAAUGACUGGUCCUCAAGGAUAUAUUCUUCUAACAACAUCCUUGGUUACUGAUGACAUUUGAAUGACUGGUCCUCAAGAAUAUAUUCUUCUAACAAGAUCCUUGGUUACUAACAACAUUUGAAUGACUGGUCCUCAAGGAUAUAUUCUUCUAACAAUGUUCUUAGGUUGCUGACGACAUUUGAAUGACUGGUCCUAAGGAUAUAUUCUUCUAACAAUAUCCUUUGUUACUGACAACAUUUGAAUGAUUGGUCCUCAAGGAUAUAUUCUUCUAACAAUGUUCUUGGUUGCUGAUGAGAUAUGAAUGACUGAUCCUCAAGGAUAUUGUUUAGAGCUGGGCGGUAUACCGUAUAUACCGCUUAGUAUUGAUAUCAUGUCAAUACCGAUUUACCAUACCAAGCAAAUUUCAAAAUACUGAAAUUUUGGUAUUAAAAUAUGUUAUCCACAAUGUAGUAAAGCACUAACAAUAUAUCUCUUGAAUGCAAAAUAGCUGAAAAGAAGAAAGAUGAGGGCCUUGUGUAUGGAAUUUAGUUUUAUUUAGAUGAAAUUAGCAUGUAUGACUUAACUCAGGCAUGCAUUCAUAGCCGAUUAUACCGAAAAGACUGCUCGAUAUCGGUAUCGGUAUUGUAUCAAUACCGGAUAGAAUACCGAAUACUAUACAAAUACCAAGGUAAAUCAUCCCAAAAAUACCAGUACCAAUGCAGAACCUGAAAUUUCAAGACCGCCAAGCUCUAAUAUUGUUCUAACAAUGUUCUUGGUUACUGAUAAGAUAUGAAUGAUUGGUUGUAUAUUGUUCUAACAAUGUUCUUGGUUACUGAUAAGAUAUGAA